CGCCGACGAGAGAAAACCCGGAUCGCAAGGCCUGAGCUUUACUUUUGCCGCCGAACACAAUCAGCCGCAAAUCCACUUGCUUGCCGCAUCACUUUUGUUGUGUAAGCCACUGGAUUUUAGUUGCUGGGUUUCCAAUUUACUGUGUCGGUGCCUAGCUCUGCAAUCACUGCUGCCUACGCGCCGCCGACAGAUUGUAAAUGGAUUUUAGUUGCUGGGUUUCAAUGGGAACAACUAGGCUCGUAAAUGGCUUUGUCUCAUAUUUCUCUCAUUACAUUCAAGGAGGCAUGCCAUUUGAUAAUUGGCCAAAAAGUGGAUGUCUUGUUUUGUUCAACACGUUCUCUUCAGUCCAAAAGCACGAGUGGGAGCCUCCACCUUGAGGACAAGGUGGUUUUCUAAGGGAGUGAGAGUGUUAUGGAUAGUAGAGUGCCGUUCAAAUUCUUGCCGUUGCAAAGGAGCAUUGAGGGAGGGCCGUUUCUUCUUCCUCUUCUCUUUCUCUAUAAAACCGGUCCCUCUCCCCUCUCCUUCCUCAUGUUUACACACAACUCUCCACUUCCCUUGCUCUUAUCCCUGCCGAAUUACCCUCUCUCCUUCCCAAGACUUUCACUCUCUCUCACCAUGAAGAAGACCAUCUCCAAGGUCUCCAAGAUCUUCAACGGCAGUAAGAAAUCCAAGGAGGACGAGAAUGUCUCCUCCAUCACUCCUGCGCAAUUGGGGGAGAUGAGGGGAGUCAUUCCUCCUGAUUAUGGCGUCCAGGAAGCCACAGGUACUACUUUGGAGCGCAAUCCUGACACCUCCCGCCGACUGGUCGUCCACUACGACUCGGUGAGGAUGGGAUGCCGCUUUCCUCUCCAUCCCCUCUUGAUCGAACUUUGCAACCGCUACGCCAUACCUCCCGGUCAGAUUUCCUCAAACUCCCACGAGAGUCUUUUUGGCUUCUUGGCGCGGUGUCACAAGAGAGGCAUCCAACCCACUCUGAAGCUCUUCCUCUCUUUCUUCCGUCCCCACAAGUAUGAUGGCGAGUUGGGCCGGGGGUUCGUGAGCUUCACGGCCCGGACCGAUAUGCAGUUUUUGGAUAGCCCGGUCGACAAACUUGACGAUUGGUUCCGCCGCUUCUUCGUGGUGGUGGUUCCCGAAGAUCUUCCCUUCCCCAACAUGUGGCGGAAGAAGGAAGACAAGUUCCCUUCUCACCUUUUUCCCCCUCGCGACUCGGAGCUCGAGGGGGUCUUCCGUCUUCUUCGCAAGAACGGCCAUCCGGUCCCCCGCGCGCUCCUCCUCAAGGACUCAUAUUUUCGGGGUCUUGGAUUCUGGGUGUCUCCCAAUAUUCCUCCUCAAGAGCCAUCGGGAGACACAACCUCCUCUUGGGUUCUUCCUUUCAGGAGCACUCGACUCCGUCGGCGAUCUUCUCGAAGGGAUCCUUCCCCGGAGGAGGACACCGAGGGCGAGGAAGUAGGGACCGCGACGGGGGCCCUAUCUCUGGCGUUUGCCGACCAACCUCCCCUUUCGGAAGAGGUGGUGGUUGAGGACGUCUCCGAAGAUGAUGGCCUCUACGACUUCCCUCCGGGGACCCUGAGGGUGUCCGGCCUUAUCCCCGGCGUCCCUCACACUCCUCUCUUUGGCAGGGGAACUUCUUCUUCAGCUCAGCCCAUGGGCCCACUAGGUUUCCACCCCCAAACCGGUGGGCCCUUUCCGACAGGGCGCGCCACUGGUUCGCAAGGGUCCCUUGAGCCGCCUCACGUUCAGGUGGCCGGGAUUGGGAUUCCGUGCAGCACGGAAUUACUAACUGAUUAAUUUACACCUGUUGCGAUUCUAUUACGUAUAACAAAAUGAUGUACUACCACAUUGAAUACGAACAUGAUGGGGAACAUACAUGAUGUUGACGACCACACUGAAUGUUGACGUGACAUGGAACAUACAUGAUGACAAUAUGACUUGAUGCAUGACUUAUGCUAUUAGGGACACCCC